AUGGCCCUGAGCGACUGGGCGCUGGUCCGCUGGCUGGUGGACAGCCGCCACUCCCGGAAGCUCAUCCUGUUCAUCGUGUUUCUCGCGCUGCUGCUGGACAACAUGCUGCUGACCGUCGUGGUCCCCAUCAUCCCAAGUUACUUGUACAGCAUUAAGCAUGAGAAAAAUAUGACUGAAAUACCGACUGCCAGGCCGGUGCUCACAGCCUCCGCCACCUCAGGCAGUUUCCAGAGCAUCUUCUCCUAUUAUGACAACUCCACCGUGGUCACCGGCAACAAUACCAGUGACCUUCAGCAGGGCCUGCUGCCUAAGGCCACCACACAGCACACGGUGACUAACGCAUCGGUCAGUCCUUCCAACUGCCCCAGGGAAGAUGAAGACCUCGUGAAUGAAAAUGUGCAAGUGGGCCUGCUGUUUGCCUCCAAAGCCAUGGUCCAGUUCCUCACCAACCCAUUCAUAGGACUGUUGACCAACAGGAUCGGCUACCCAAUUCCCAUGUUUACAGGAUUCUGCAUCAUGUUUAUCUCAACGAUCAUGUUCGCCUUCUCCAGCAGCUACGCCUUCCUGCUGAUCGCCAGGUCGCUGCAGGGCAUCGGCUCCUCCUGCUCCUCGGUGGCUGGGAUGGGCAUGCUGGCCAGUGUGUACACAGAUGACGAAGAGAGAGGCAACGCCAUGGGGAUUGCCCUGGGCGGCCUGGCCAUGGGGGUUUUAGUGGGCCCCCCCUUCGGGAGCGUGCUCUAUGAGUUUGUGGGGAAGGCGGCUCCAUUCCUGGUGCUGGCUGCCUUGGUGCUCUUGGAUGGAGCUAUUCAGCUCCUCGUGCUCCAGCCGUCCCGGGUGCAGCCAGAGAGCCAGAAGGGGACACCACUGACCACCCUGCUGCGGGACCCCUACAUCCUCAUCGCUGCAGGGUCCAUCUGCUUUGCAAACAUGGGGAUUGCCAUGCUGGAGCCGGCUCUGCCCAUCUGGAUGAUGGAGACCAUGUGUUCCCCGAAGUGGCAGCUGGGCGUCGCUUUCUUGCCAGCUAGUAUCUCUUAUCUCAUUGGAACCAAUAUUUUUGGAAUACUCGCACACAAAAUGGGGAGGUGGCUUUGUGCCCUUCUAGGAAUGGUAAUUGUUGGAGUCAGCAUUUUAUGUAUUCCUUUUGCAAAAAACAUUUACGGACUCAUAGCUCCCAAUUUCGGAGUUGGCUUUGCAAUUGGCAUGGUGGACUCGUCAAUGAUGCCCAUCAUGGGCUACCUGGUAGACCUGCGGCACGUGUCUGUCUACGGGAGUGUGUACGCCAUAGCUGACGUGGCCUUUUGUAUGGGAUAUGCUAUAGGUCCUUCCGCUGGUGGGGCUAUCGCGAAGGCAAUUGGAUUUCCGUGGCUCAUGGCAAUUAUUGGAAUAAUUGAUAUUCUUUUCGCUCCUCUCUGCUUUUUUCUUCGAAGUCCACCUGCCAAGGAGGAAAAAAUGGCCAUUCUCAUGGAUCACAACUGCCCCAUUAAAACAAAAAUGUACACUCAGAAUAAUAUCCAGUCGUAUCCGCUAGGUGAGGAAGAAUCUGAAAGUGACUGA